AUGUCGCGACCCUUCGACUAUGCCGCCGACAGGCCGGAGCAUAUUGACCAAAUUCUCAAUGGUCUUGACCGAUACAACCCCGAGACGACGGCCGUCUUCCAGGACUACGUAAUGCAGCAGUGUGAAAACCAAACAUACGACUGUUACUCGAAUCUGGCGCUCUUGAAGCUAUACCAGUUCAAUCCUCACCUCACCCGCGAUGAGACCAUCACCAACAUUCUCGUGAAGUCGCUUACCGUAUUCCCCUCGCCAGACUUCUCCCUUGGUCUUUCACUUCUCCCUCCUCAUGUGCUUGCCCCGCUCUCUACAUCUACACAGGCGCCCGCUGCCGGCGACGCACCAUUGUCUGAGGCGGUUCAGAAGCUCAACGUCCUCAACAACCUUCUUGGUGGUGCCGACUACGCCGCCUUCUGGUCGACACUUGACUCGGACGAUUUGUAUGCCGAUCUUGUAGCCGAUGUCUCUGGUUUCGAGGAGCUCAUGCGAGUACGCAUUGCCGUGACUAUCAGCCAGACGCUACGGGAGAUCGAGAGGUCCAUCCUCGAAUCUUGGUUGAACCUUUCGGAUAAGGAGUUUGAUCAUUUCGUUGGAAGCGUGUGCGGCUGGAACAUCGACGGCGCAAAGAUCAAGGUACCCCUGAACAAGGAGAACGAGGCCAAGGGUACCAUUGUCACAGAGAAUGUCAAGUUUGACCAGUUCGCAAGGGUUAUUAAGAGGGCCUACGAACAACCUGCAUGA